AUGUGCUUUGAUCUUACAGAGGAACAGCACUCCUUUGUGGUCAGGUCUCAAGACUUGGUCACUCUGUCCUGCGGAGAUGUAUCUCAGACUAGCUGCUCCAAGACCAUAUGGACCCACCACACACGUGCCAUCCAAUCAAAUGACGACAGGGUUGACCAGACUGCACCAACUACAAACUGCGUCAAAGACUAUGUGAAGGGCAUAGUAGGACCUAAUCCCUUCACAGAAGAAUCACAGUUUGGCCAACAACAAACACAGGAUGUCUUCAAGGUUCUGGUCCAGUCUGGCUCAGUUUGCCCUGGUCCAAUGUACCACAGACUAAACCUGACUGAGAACUGUAAACUGCAGAUCAGGAAUGUAGACACAGAAGAUGCUGGGAUUUACAUCUGCAACCAGCUCAACCAAUCUCAGGCCAGCCUGUCCUUCCUGUCCGUGGUGACAAGUGAGUAUUAG